AUGUUCAUGGACUGGGUGCACUGUAACCAGUGUUUCAGGAGGGAGGGAAUCCACCUGGCUGUCUCUAGCUGUGGACAUAUAGUUUGUGAAAGCUGCAUGAACUCCAGUAAUUGGUGUAUAAUGGUCUCUCUCUGCACAGAGCAAUGCGCAGUGUGUGGAGCCAGCUGCAGUUACCUCCCUAUUUCUGAAAAGAUGAAGCCACAGGAACAGGUUUACUUUCAUGACCCAGUUAAGCUCGUUCAGUCUCGCCUGGAGCACAUUUCCCAGAUAGCCGUAUUCCAAUCCAGGCAAAAGGAAAGAGUCGCUGCAUACUUCAAGGAAAAGUCUAUGGAACAGGAGAGGAGGUUGAAAGAGGUCAUGGAGCAAAGCCACAGGGAAUUGUCAGAGCUCAAAAGGGAGAAUGCAGAGUUGAAGAAGCCGCUUUCUCAGAGGAGGGUGUCUGCAGGGAAUUUGCAAACAAACAGCUUCAACAGAAUGUCACGUCCAGUGGCCAUUACUCCUCCGGUCACUCCAAGACACCAUUAUAAUGUCAGCUACUCUGCUUCUGGAGGGUCCCUACAGAGGUCUCAGGGUCCUCACCAGGGGCCGAUGACUACUCCAGGCUCAGCCAGUUCUGUAUCUACCCCGAGUUCUCUGAGGGAUCCUGGAUUCUGGACUCCUGCCCGUUCCGUUGGCACAGCUCACAGGUGAACACAUUUCAUUGUACUUACUAACAUAAAACUGAUAAGAACUGGUAUGAGUUGUCCCACUCUUCUUUUAGACCACAUUCUUGGACACCCAGUUUGCUACAGUUCCAGUUAGGACCUGGGUCAACACUCCAGUCUUCUGUUUUGCAGAGCAGCAGCCAGCAGUUUGCACCAAGGUUCCAGAACUAAAUACGGGUGAAGAGCAAUAAGAGAAGACUGUCCUCCUGCAAGUACACACUGCUGGCCACAGUGAUACAGUUGCUCGCUCCUGAGCGA